GUCCGCAAUCCGCACUUCACACUGCUGUUUAACUUAACCUUCGUACGACACGACGUCAUGAUUCUGUUACCGCUCAAUCUCGCCGUCGCCUUCACGUUCAUGAAUAAUAUGCUCUUCUCUGCGCACAAGCAGGACACCUUCGCAACCGACAUGCUGAGCAAUUCCUUCGGAUCAGCAGACAUCCAGUGUAGCAAAGAUGCCUGGGACCUACACAUGCCAAUCAGCUGUAAUGACGGCUACACCUGCUGGACAACAGCAAACUCCACUGAAUGCACAGGGCCAUCAGACUGUGAAGUCGGGAUCGUCUGCGCUCGUUAAUCAGCAUCGCGGAACUCGGACAUGCAAACGUAAAUGGAUGUCGGGUGGUCUAACGCAUCGCAG